GGGAAGUACGGAGGGAAUUAAGGUCGACAAAAGAUAACUGACCAGCGAUGAUACCAAACCUUUUUCAUUCUGCACAAAUUAAACACAUUGUUAUUGGAAGAAGGCCGUCUUCUCCUCGCUUAGAAUAUCGAUAUAGCGGUGCGCACUAGAUUUUAGUCUUAUAACUUGGAUGGAUUUCGCAUUCAGUGACAAUUGAGAGAAGCAUGGUGUCUGCUGUGAAUGAAACGACUUACGGGAACGCAUUCUCUCACCUAAAUUUGGAAUACCAUCUCGACAGCCAUGCUAACGGAUCAGAGCUUUUAUACCACUAUGACUUCGAUAUGGGGAAAUUUGCGGAAGAUUUGCGUGAAGAACUGAAAGGAUACAAAGAACCUCUGACAAUUGUGCUGAUAUUGCUUUACAGUAUUGUGUUUUUCGUUGGACUGUUUGGGAACAUUUUUGUCAUCAUUUCUGUUCUUCACUAUAAGCAUAUGCGCACACUAACUAACGUUUUCUUGGUGAACCUCACCGUAAGCGACCUGCUGGUUGUGUUUUUUUGUAUUCCCACCACUCUGGGUACAUCGGUGUACAGGGACUAUGUGUAUGGUAUUGGAAUGUGUAAACUCACUCCAUUUCUACAAGGAAGCGCAAUUUCUGUGAGUUCCUUAAGUCUACUUGCUAUCAGCAUCAACAGACAUUUCGCCAUCCACACACCGUUACGCGCGAAAAUUAUAUUCUCAAAACGUCGCAUUUAUUUCAUAAUUGUUGUCAUAUGGUGCAUUUCAUUUGCAGUAUUCGUGCCUUUGUUAGUGGUGAACAGCAUUCAAAAUAUAGGAAUUCCGCCUUUCUAUAACAAACGAAUUUGUAAUGAGCAUUGGCAUAUUCCGAAUGGAAAACGGAUAUAUAAUAUCAUAGUGUUCGUGUCAAUAUUCCUAACACCGCUGUUAGUUAUGGUGUUAGCGUACACCAAAAUUAGUUUCGUAUUAUGGAGGAAUCAAGACAAAGCAAUUACUCAGACGCAAAGAGUCCUUCUUCAGAGACGAAGGACUGUAAAACUUCUGAUUUGUGUCGUGGCCAUUUUCUGUGUGUGCUGGUUACCUUACAACGUCAUCAACAUUUGGUUAGAAUUUAAUAUCACCACUGCAAGCGUGGUCAUAUCGAAAAAAGUCUACCCCAUACUACAACUACUGGGGAUUUCUAACUCGGCCAUCAAUCCCAUCUGUUACUGCCUCAUGAGCAGUGGUUUUCAAAAGGCGUUUUUAAGACUGUGCUGUAAAAAAUCAGUGGACUCCAAACCCGACGUCAUACUUAUGGUGAAAUUCAAGGACGGAAGUUCUGAUAGUCAGGAAAUCACCGGACUCACAACCCGGUUUACGAGACAGUCUCUGCACUGAUGUUGCCACCGGGCUCACAACACGGUUUGCAGGACAUUAAUGUUUUUUCAUCGGGCUCACAAUUCGGUUUGCGGGACAUUGAUGUUUUUCAUCGGGCUCACAACCCGAUUUACAAGACAUUGAUGUUUUUCAUCGGGCUUACAACCCGGUUUACGAGACGUUGACAUUGCCACCGGGCUCACAGCCCGGUUUGCGGGACAUUGAUGUAGUCAUCGGGCUCACAGCCCGGUUUGUGGGACAUUGAUGUUGAUGUUGUCAGUUGAGUUAAAUUUCUUGACUAUGUUCUUCACUUGUUGUCGUUAAAUAUAUUUGUUAU